AUGGAGAACAGCUGUGUCUUACACUUGCUACCAUAAACUUCUUCUCUUCCUGUUCAAAAUUAAUUUCCCAAAUAAAAUGAAUUAAGUGACUCAUUAAGCAGUUAAGGAACUAAUAAUUAGGGUGAAUUAUCAUUUACUUUAAACGUAAAUAGUCUUCUUAUUAUGAAUAGGAAACAAGCAAGAAGUCUUAAGUCACUAAAAAGAAAAUCAGCAAAGAGUAGUCUUAAAAUGUAAAAAAAAAUCAAGGUCAUUGGUCUAAUCAAGAACAUCAAAUUUAUGUUGAGUUCCUCUAACAACAUCAAAAUACAACUAUGCAAAAUCAAUAAAAUAGAAAAAAUAACAAAAUCUUCAAACUCAUGUCAAUGACAAUCGGGACUAGAUCCCCAUCGCAAUGCAGGUAUAGAGUAUUUAUAUUUAAAGAUCCCACCAUUAAAAAUUUAAUCCAUUUACAUUAGCUGGGCAAAAGAGAAUCAAGAAAAACAAGAAGAGAAAUAGUAAUUUUUUUGAUAAUAAAUUUAGAUGCUGAAAACAUAACAUAUGCCAUGGAAGUCUAAUAAUAUUACACACCAGAAAUCAAAUCUCAAAUAAGUAUCAAUAAAUUAUAAUAUAUAGAUCCCUGUCACUUCGAGUACUUAUCCAACUAUGAAGACUCCCGUCCUUAGUUAUAAAACUUUUGUUCUAACUCUAACUAUGACAGUGAUUAUUGUUAUCGAAAUAAUAACUAGUAUCUAGAUGAACUACUUGAUUGA